UCUUCGUGCGGCUGGUAUUUGCUCCAUCACCCAGCUUCAGCUUUAGACCGGGGCUCCGAAGCAGUGGGACUCCGACAUUAGCGCCGCCAAGUGCGGGGAAAUUGCCCCUUUUCUCUGUCGUUAUUCUGGUGGAGUUGUAAAACUGAAUUGGUCCGAUGAAAUAACGUUUCGCUUCGCUCGCUGGAAAAAUUAAAGGAAAGCAGGAGGACGGAAUCAAGAAAGGUCACUUGCUGGGAUGGUGGUCUGAUGCAACUGGCCUUUUCUGGUUUGUGACUACAUUUCCCAUGAAGCUGUGCAAAGACGCACACACCGUUGUACCAUGGAGCGACCAGUCAGGGUUUUGUACUCAAAGAGUUAGCGCAUCAGAAGAGGACCUGGUCUUGUGAUAGCGCCUCCUGAAGCCUCACCCAACCUGCAUAGGGCAGCAGACGCACCUCCCAGGUCCAGUUGUAGGGCUGGUUCACUAGAGAGAAUGGCCCAGUCUGGGUCCAGUUCCAGUCUGACUUCAGCCCAGUCCCGCUGCAGGAUGGCAGGUCUGCCCUUCUGUUUGACCGUGAUGGCCGCUGCUCUCCUGCUGAUCCACAGAGCUGACGCGACGGGCCAGAACCCGGACCACGUCCUGCAGGAGACGGGAGUAAAAGCUGACCGGCGGCGGCCCGGUGAGGACUCCACCGUUGCUCCCGAGGACGCUGCUCGGUUCCUCAGCUGCUACUGCUCUGGACACUGUCCUGACGACGCCACCAACAACACCUGCCAAACCAACGGUCAGUGUUUUGCCAUCAUUGAGGAGGAUGAGCAUGGAGAGGCCAUACUCACCUCUGGCUGCAUGAAGUAUGAAGGCUCACACUUCCAGUGCAAGGACUCUCCCAAAGCUCAGACCCGGAGGACCAUCGAGUGCUGCAACACGGACCUCUGCAACAGAGAUCUGCAGCCCACCCUCCCCCCGCUGGUGUCUACGGAAGGCAGCCCCCACUGGCUGGUGUUCAUCAUCUCCAUGACGGUCUGCUGCUGCACGCUGGUCUGCGUCACUGUGGUCUGUUACUACAGAUAUAAGUGGCAGAGUGAGCGCCAACGGUACCACAAGGACCUGGAGCAGGAAGUCUUCAUUCCAACAGGAGAGUCGCUUAAAGACCUGAUUCACCAAUCACAGAGCUCAGGCAGCGGCUCUGGGCUCCCUCUGCUGGUGCAGCGCACCAUCGCCAAGCAGAUCCAAAUGGUGCGUCAGAUUGGCAAGGGCCGGUAUGGCGAGGUGUGGCUGGGCCGGUGGAGGGGAGAAAAGGUGGCUGUCAAAGUGUUCUUCACCCGAGAGGAGGCCAGCUGGUUCAGAGAGACGGAGAUCUACCAGACUGUCCUGAUGAGACACGAGAAUAUCCUUGGCUUCAUCGCAGCCGACAUCAAAGGCACGGGCGCCUUCACGCAGCUCUUCCUCAUCACAGACUACCACGAGAACGGCUCCCUGUACGACUACCUGAAGCUGACCACGCUGGACACGCAGGCCCUGCUGCGACUCGCCUUCUCUGCCGCCUGCGGCCUCUGCCACCUGCACACCGAGAUCUACGGGACGCAGGGGAAACCUGCCAUCGCCCACCGAGACCUGAAGAGCAAGAACAUCCUGAUCAAGAAGAACGGCACCUGCUGCAUCGCCGACCUCGGGCUCGCCGUCAAGUUCAACAGCGACACCAAUGAGGUGGAUGUCCCCCUGAGCACCCGGGUGGGGACGAGGCGCUACAUGGCCCCCGAGGUUCUGGACGAGAGCCUCAACAAGAAUCACUUCCAGGCUUACAUCAUGGCCGACAUGUACAGCUACGGCCUCGUCAUCUGGGAGAUGGCUCGACGCUGCGUCACCGGAGGUAUCGUGGAGGACUACCAGCUGCCGUACUAUGAGAUGGUGCCCUCUGACCCCUCCUACGAAGACAUGCUGGAGGUGGUGUGCGUUAAAGGCCUGCGGCCCACGGUGUCGAACCGCUGGAACAGCGACGAGUGUCUCCGGGCCAUGCUGAAGCUCAUGUCUGAGUGCUGGGCUCAUAAUCCAGCUUCUCGCCUCACCAUCCUCAGAGUCAAGAAGACGCUGGCAAAGAUGGUGGAGUCCCAGGACAUAAAGAUCUGAGCACCUCAACCUCCUCGCCUCCUCCCGUGUCACUGGAUCUACCCUUCAUCAGGAGGUGGAAGAGGAGGAGCAGUUGGGAGAUUUAAGGACCUGAACUGUGCGUCUCCUCCUCGCCCUUCCUCUGAGAACUAACACGGAGUCGUUCCUCUUUUUUUUCCUGUGCUUUCCUGUUGAUGCAGCUACAUGUGACGCUUUCUGUGAAAGCCCAACGAGACGAUAAUGUUGAUGGACGAGGGGGGGAGGUGGGAGAAGGAGCCACUGCCUUCCUGUUUAAUGCAACUAAUGCCAGUUUUUAUUCGAGUUACUUCUCUUCGGGACAGCGUCUCCUGCCGCUCUGAAAUAUAUCUCCACUCUUACAGUAGCGAUGACUGUUAAACGUUAGGUACUGUUAUGAAUUUUAAUGUAAAUAACUGUUAUCGUAGACGCUAUACCUCCUCAUUAAAGAGUAACAAGCAGAAGUGCAGGAGGAGUCACCACGGUGACAGCUACCGUCCUGUGUGUGUGUCUGUGUGUGUGUCUGUGUGUGGCCCUAGAUGCUCCGGUUGAAUUAAACCUCAGUGGGUGAAGCUGAUCGAGAAGCUUCAGCUUCUGUCUAGGUGCUUCAUAUUUAAUCGAGCAGAGAUGUUGAACAUGAGUACAAUAACCUCUACAGGCCACAGUGUCACCCACACGUGAACUCAUACCCUGACAUAUUGUUGUAUUUGGAUUUUGACAAAAUAUAAAUUGAGCUUUUGUGACCAAAAUGUAGUUUAAGUAUUCGUUCCACAGGAGAAUGAAAAGUCCCUCCUUCACACGCAGGCGUCUUCAGUUGGCUUUGACUUCUGUCCUAGCAGCCAAGUAUUUCUGUUGCAUCUCUGCCCACUGGUGUUUAACGCUGGUCUCAUCAGCACCAGAACCUGUAGGAGCUUCAUCCGGGUUUUGGUGUUCCCUCUUCAGCAGCAGGACAGCUGCUCAGACAGUAGCUAUUUAAGUGCAGUAACUUUGGGGUCUCCCUGUAAAAAAAAAUUAUGCAAGAAGUGCCCAUAUAGACAUAACCUCCUGUUCUUGGUUUAUUUUGUACAGCAUCUCAUUUGGUGCCUUGCGUUUACUAAGGAAAAUGAAAACUGUAUAAGUCUGUCCAAUGUAUUGAUUUUUAAGUAAAUAACCUUAUUUUAGUAAACAA